AUGUCGCAUUCCAACGAGAUCAUUGACCAGUCCAGCUCUCAUGACACUGAGAAGGUCAUUGAGGAUUCACCAGAUGAACGUUAUGCUCGUCUAAAUACUCUACUUGGAAAGGGUGCCUACAAAAUCGUCUACAAAGCAAUCGAUAGAGUAGAGGGUUACGAAGUUGCUUGGAACACAAUGACUUCUUCCCACUCGCCCGACAGUAAGGAAAUGCAGCAGGAAAUUUCGAUAUUAAAGUCCGUGCGCCACCCAAACAUCAUUGCGUUCCACGACGCUUGGCAUAUGAAGAACGAGUUUGUCUUUGUAACGGAGCUCAUGACAUCUGGAACACUACGGGAGUACAUCCGUAAACUAAGUUUACCAAACAUAAAGAUCGUCAAGCGUUGGUCUCGUCAAAUCCUCAAAGGCCUGGCGUAUUUGCACGACUAUUCGCCCUCAAUUAUUCAUCGGGAUAUAAAGUGUGAUAACAUCUUUAUUAAUGGAGCCCACGGAGAAGUCAAGAUUGGAGACAUGGGGACAGCAGAAAUGAAGAUGGGCAAAAAGUAUACCAUAAUUGGAACCCCAGAGUUUAUGGCCCCAGAGAUGUACGAAGAAGAAGGCUACAGCGAAAAGGUAGAUAUAUAUGCGUUUGGAAUGUGUCUUCUUGAGAUGGCCACAGGUGAAUAUCCUUAUGGAGAAUGCAAAAACGCUGCCCAAAUAUAUAAAAAAGUAUCUUCUGGAGUAAAACCCGUCUGUCUCCAAAAGGUACAAAACAACGAGGUGCUGGCUCUUAUCGCCAAUUGUUUGGGCCCGGAAGAAGACAGAAUGACAGCUCAGGAGAUAUUAGAACACUCGUUUUUAGCUGUCGAACCAGAUGUAGUAUUACUCGCUGCUGAUCCUACCAACGUACACCUAACCCUUCAAGUGGUAUUCAAGGGAAUGGACAAACUAUCUGUCAAGUUUGAUUUCAAUGUGGAAACCGACACUGCCGAGCAGGUUGUUAAAGAAAUGAUUGAAGAACAAGUGCUCCCUGAUCGUUAUCAACAUCAUAUCACCAAAGAAAUCAACAGAAUCCUCAGAGACAUUGAAAAACCAAGUGAGUCUGAACAAGCUGAACAGGUUCGUCAAUCUGUUUGGCGUAGAGAGAGUGAUAUCCGAUCCGAGUUGGACAAAAUACGCCUUGAGCUUGAAGCAACGACCAAGCAUGCUCGUGAACUUGAGACAAAAUGUGAAAUGUAUGAAAACAGAGCGCGUUCUGUCGAAGUCCAGUACAGAGAGGCUCUCAAACAAUUGAGAGAAGUUCAAGAGCAGCACACAAACACAACAACUCGUAGUCGUGAAUCCUCCUUGUCGACCCCAGCCCCAUCGAGAUCAUCCAGUGUAUCAUCACGUAUUGGCAGUGACUUGAAAGUUGACGUCUUCCCCGAGUCAGAUAAAGAAGAAAAGCUUAAAGAUGACAAGACAAAUGACAAGAAAGAUGAAGAUCCAGUAAAAGAUGACGAAAAAACAACAAAUGGAAAGAAUCCCCCUACUUACUUAUCAGAGAAAGAAUUAGCUAUUCGAUUAGACAGGGAGCAUCCAGAAGCUGCAAUGUCAUCUAUCUCACCUACUGCGCGCGAUGCACUUAUGUCACGUAUCUUAGAAGAAUACUCGGAUGAUACAGAUAUCAGUGACUUUGUUCAGGACUGUGCCACAGCGGCUCAUCGUAGUGCAGAAAAAGCAAAAGAGUGGGCGGAUAAACUCAAAGACCAAGACAUAAUGACAGUUGGAGAUUUGCGAGAUUUGCAUGAUGAGGACUGGACUGGGAUUGGCUUGACAGUGUUUGCAUUUAGGGCCUUGAAGAACAUGCUUAAAGGGAAACGCUUGUGCGCCUCUGAAGUUUUUAAUCGCUCUUCUAUCCUUCGAAGCUCUUCAACUGUUUCUUCGUCACUGUCAAACGACAUCUGUACACGUUCAAGUACAUCACGCACGAGCCCUCCAGCUGCUGUGACCCAAUACGGCACACUCUCACUUAUGUGAACUUUAGAAAGACAAUAAACUAACCGAUCUGCUGCUGUGGUUGACAAGUCCAGAAAUGUCGUUCGAGUGUGAGUUUGUUCGUUGGCCAUCAAUACGCCCAGACUUGGACUGGUAAACUCGGUACAAAAUGGGCGGAACAACAAGAUCUUAACCAUGUUAUGAAUCAUAUGCAUAUGAGCCUUGAAACCAGCCAAGGCCGGAGCUACUUCGUUGGUCCAUUUAGCCCACGCUGGUAAGCUGUGCUCCCACCGUUCGAUAUCUUGUACUAGUGUCAGCAAGAUAUCUACAUCUAGCUUCUUGACGCGGAUAUCUUUACUAUCAUUGUGGUAAAACAAAGAUAUGACCUGGCAAAAAAAAGACAUAAGUUGAGACUCGAGUAGAACACUCUCAUGCUCGUUUGACAACGGAUGAAUAGGAGUCGAGAACAACUUUUUCAAUAUAAUCGCUGAGGCGUCUCCGCCCAGAUAAGGUCCCUGCUGUAGAAAUAUAGCGGAAUAGAUAUCAAGAUAUACUAAUGAACUUGCAAGGGAUAGCCAUUUUUUAG